AUGGCAUCAAAAACUUCAACAGAAAGCAGGUCACUGCCAGUAAUUGCAGUUCAACUUGAACUCGACGAACCACAAGAUGUGGAAUUCAUCAACCAACAACUCGAGCCAACCGACCAUGGACCUGCUGCUUGGAAACUGCUCGGAACAGCAUUUGUCUUUGAAGCACUGCUAUGGGGAUUUCCACUCUCAUUCGGAGUCUUCCAAAAUUAUUAUUCGGAGCUCCCCGAAUUCGCGGGUAACCCAUAUAUCUCCGUAGUAGGCACCGUGGCCUCAGGAAUCUCCUACCUCGGAGCGCCCUUCACAGCACCAUUCAUCAAACGCUUCCAAAAGUACCAGCGACAGAUGAUCUGGAUUGGCUCCUACGGUCUCGGCUUCCUAAUAUUCUACUACCCAAUUCUUAACAUGGUAAAUGAAUACUGGGUCACCCGGCGCGGAAUGGCAUACGGACUCCUCUGCAGCGCAUCAGGUGUCUCGGGCGCAGUAAUGCCAUUCAUAGUAGAGAAACUAUUAAACAAAUACGGGUAUCGAACGACGCUACGAAUAGUCGCCAUUGCGAUGUUCAUACUGACCGGCCCAUUAAUCCCAUUUUUGAAAGGUCGCCUGCCAGUCUCACGAUAUACCGCCACGACAGCGGCUCGAUCGGACUGGAGUUUUCUUCGAACACCUUUGUUCUGGGUGUACUCUUGUUCGAAUAUUGUGCAGGGCCUGGGAUAUUUCUUUCCUACAUUGUAUUUACCUUCCUAUGCUCGGUCGAUGGGGAUGAGUAGUACGAUUGGAGCCUUACUUCUUGCCUUGAUGAGUGUGUCACAAGUGGCGGGUCAAUUCACGUUCGGUGUUUUGUCAGAUAGGAAGGUUUCUGUUAAUGUGCUUAUUGCUAUUUCGACUGUGGUCUCUGCUGUGGCUUCGUUUGCGUUGUGGGGACUGGCUCAUUCGCUGGCUCCUUUGAUUGUCUUUGCAUUGAUUUAUGGAUUCUUCGGUGCUGGUGCGAACUUGAUCUCCCGGGUCCUUGUGUUGGAGAAUUAUGGGUUGACGAAGUAUAUGGCUGUGGUCAUUUUUACGGGGAGUUGCAUGUCACUCAGCGUCAAGCAAUAUGAGGAUCUGAUCCGUGGCCUCCUCGACGGCCUCCAAGCAAAGGUCAUGGUGGCCAUGGAUCAAAUCCUCGUGUUGCUUCACUGGGGCUGUGUGAUGACCAAGCUCGGAUACGUAGUGAGUCUCGAUAGCAUGAGAUAUGGCAUUGCACAAGAAGAACAAAACAAUAACGAAAUGAACGCAGAUCAAGAUUUGAAUUACUCAAGUGAGGAUGAUUCAAAGAUCGGAAGCGAGACGUUUUGGAACACAGACGACGAAGCAGAAGAGUCCAAUGCAGUUGAUGGAUUAAAGAUUCUGAAAGGCGACUGA